CCCCAACUUCCCCUCUCUCUCUUCGUUCGUUAUGACGUACCCGCGAUCCCAUAGAGUUUGACGCCAGAAUCGCGACGUCGUGAAUCAAAACCAGCAUCGAAUGGGGAAGAAGACCGGCUGGCUCUCAACCGUCAAGAGAGUCUUCAAGCCCUCCUCCUCCAAAGACCUCGACCGAAGGAGGCAGGGGGCGAGGGAGGUCGAGGCGGAGGGAAAUGAGGCGCCGGAGAUAGUGUCGGUGGAGCAUUUCCCGGGGGAGACGUCGCCGGAGGCCACGAACGACGACGGCGGUUCGCCGGCGGUGGCGGUGGAGGAGGACAGGGAGCACGCGAUCGCGGUGGCGGCGGCUACGGCUGCGGCGGCCGAGGCGGCGGCCGCGGCCGCGGAGGCAGCGGCGAAGGUGGUGAGGCUGGCGGGGUACGGGCGGCUCUCCCGGGAGGAGAAGGCGGCGGUGCGCAUCCAGUCUUACUACCGCGGCUACCUGGCCCGGAGAGCCCUGCGAGCGUUAAGAGGGCUGGUGCGGCUGCAGGCCCUGGUCAGAGGCCACCACGUCCGGAAGCAGGCCCAGAUGACGAUGCGAUGCAUGCAGGCCCUCGUCCGCGUCCAGGCCCGCGUACGCGCUCGCCGCCUGCAGUUCUCCCAGCACCCUCGCAGCUCCCUCUUCCCCCGCCCUCCCUCCACCGCCACCAAAGUCCUGACCCACGAACCCUUCUCCGACCACCUCGACCACAUCAAAGGUAGAGGCCGUGACCACCACCACCACCACCACCAAGACUUCGCCAUGGAAGAAGAACAUGAGGACGAAGAAGAAGAAGAAGAACAAGGAAGCCAUCCCAUCAGUAAGAAGAGCCCCUCGUCCAAGGAUGUCUUUGGCUUCAGAGACUGGGACGCGAGCCACCAAACCAUGGAGACCAUCAAGGCCAACUCCCAGCGCAAGCAUGACGCCGUCAUUCGUCGUGAAAGAGCCCUCGCCUAUGCGUACACUUCACAGCAGCCGCAGUGGAAGUCUGAGAAGCCCCAGUGGGGCUGGAACUGGCUGGAACGCUGGAUGGCCACCCAGCAGUGGCAGGCCAGGCGCGAUGCACCACCGGUGCCACCUGAGAGCUCCUACCUCACGGCCACCAACACCGUCGACUUGUCGGAGAAGACCGUCGAGAUGGACCUUGGACGAAGCCCAUCCCAUCCGUUGCAGACUACGGCGGUGCCGAGUUACAUGGUUGCGACUCAGUCAGCCAGGGCCAAGGUUCGAAGCCAUGUGCCGGCGGCCAGGCGGCAUACGGCUCAGUGGAAUCCGUCCACCGGGAGGACGGGGUCACGGCUCAGCAGGGAGUCGUCGAGCUCGGGAGGACCUGGGCGGAGCCCGAGCCGCGUCGGUGGCGGGAUUCGUGUCCAGACAACGCGGCACACGGGGUACAGUCCCGAUUCCAGCUGCGGUGAGGAUGACUGGACGCCACCGGUGGGCGGCGACGGGAGGAGGGGCAUAUACGUUUGAUGGAUGGAUGGAUGGAUGCACGGGUCGAGUAUUUAUAUCGGUGCUAUUGGUACCUAUCAUACAUGAUGAUCGAGUCUUGGGUUCUUGUUGGAUUUGGAUUUGUUGGUGAUAAAAGACUAGGCAUCUUUGGAUGCUCGGAGGUAUUGUAAAUAUUCUAAAAUAAAAUAAUGAGGAUAUCGAACUAGCGUGGGUGGAGUUUUUUGGAAUUUUAUAUUAAAAUAAAAUGGUGAAUGUUUCGUUUUA